CUCCCUGCCUCCCGGUGGGCCAUGGAGGGCCGCCCCCCGCCCAACGCGGCCAUCCCCCAGCCUCCGCUGCGCUCGGCCCAAGUGUCCAGGCUCCGCCAUGAGCACGGAAAGGUGGUCAGUAGCUGCCAAGAAAAAAUCCAGCACUGGAAAAAGGUGGAGAGUGACUAUGAGGCCCUUCAAGAACGACUCAGCACCUUGCCCGAUAAACUGUCCUACGAUGUCAUGGUACCUUUCGGUCCUCUUGCCUUCAUGCCGGGAAAACUCAUUCAUACCAAUGAAAUCACCGUUUUACUUGGGGACAACUGGUUUUGCAAAUGCUCAGCGAAACAGGCCGUGGGCUUGGUAGAGCACAGGAAAAAACAUGUAAGGAAAGUCCUGGAUGAUUUACAAAAAGUGAAGAAAAAUUUUGAAUCCCGAGUUGAAUUCACAGCAGAUUUGCAGAAAAUGAGCGACGCAGCAGGUGAUAUUGUUGACAUAAGAGAAGACAUUCCAAAUGACAUUGAAGUAAAAGGAAAACGCAGAACGGCUCACAAACCUCAUUCAAAACCCAAAACCAUAGAUGUUUUUGAAGCAGAUUUUACAAAGGAUGCAAAAUCCAAGGACGGUUUACUCGUCGAGAAUGAACUAUGGGCUCGACUGGAAGAACUGGAAAGGCAAGAGGAAUUGCUGGGUGAACUUGAUAGAGAGCCUGAUGCUGUGGUUGCAAAUGGAGAUACAACAUCUUCUGAGGAGGAGAAGGAAGAUAAAAAGACAGAAAUGAAUGUGAUAAAUACAGAAGCAGAGUCUCUUACUCAGGGUACUUUUCAGGAGAACUUUACCCAUUCGAAAUUGUUCAGUGGUCAAGUGAACGGCUCAAUGAAUGGUCUAAAUUCUUAUAGUGAUGAUGACGACGAUUUAGGAGUUGGAGAUAAUUCAGUACCAACCAUAUAUUUCUCUCAUACUGUUGAACCUAAAAGGGUAAGAAUAAAUACAGGAAAAAAUACCACUUUGAAAUUUAGUGAAAAGAAAGAGGAAGCCAAGCGCAAACGAAAGAAUAGCAAUGGCAAUGGCCACUCAACUCCAGAGCUACCAAAUAUCAAAACCCCUGCUGAUGUUUACAGAGUCUUUGUUGAUGUUGUGAAUGGAGAAUAUGUCCCUCGUAAAUCAAUCUUGAAGUCUCGCAGCCGAGAGAAUAGCGUGUGCAGUGAUACUAGUGAAAGCAGUGCUGCGGACUUCGAUGACAGACGAGGAAUUUUAAGGAGCGUUAGCUGUGAGGAAGCCACCUACAGUGAUACUAGUGAGGGAAUCUUGGAAGAGGAAGAAGAGGAACAAGAAAAUCUCGAGAAAAACCUUUCGCCAUUUUCAGGAACUCUUGAGGCCUUUUCUGGGACUGUAAUUGAAAAGGAGCCUUCGCCCCCGUCCUCCACACCCCACCCAGGCCCCCUCCAGACCGCGUUACCGGCCAUUCCCGAGCGGACAGCGAAAGAGGUCCCUCCAGGAGGAUCCGAAGGAACCGCGAAGAGAAUGUCAAAAUUCAAAGCUACCAGAUUGCAACAGAGAAACUAGGGACUGCCUUAGAGCCUAAAAGUUGGCAUCUCGAAAGACCAGCUUUGCAUCGAAGAGUAUGUAUAACUCUGUGCAUCACAGGCAGUUAAGUGUAAAGCAUCAAAUGUUUGGCAGCAGGUUUCAGAUUUUACCUCUUACCGGUGGUAUUUUAAAAACUUCAAAAAUGUUUGACUAUUUUCUAUUCAAUUUAUUUUAUUCUCUCGUAUGCUGUCAGCACCUUUGUCAGUAGCAGCAUUUGGAAGUAUUUUUCAAAAAAAUACCAUUUGCAGGCAUUGUUUUGUGUUUCAACCUAAAUACAGGCAGUUUUGUACCAGCUGUGAUGUUCUCUGUACCAUAUGGGCCAUUUUAAAGAAACUUUUAAAAUUUCAGACAGAUUCAACCAUUAUAUUUCAUUACUUGCUUUAGCAUUUCUAAGUCCCUUUUUCUAUCCACACUGUCGUAGGUUUUGCAACUAGGUGGCUGUUGAAAAUUUCAAGCAUCUCUUUCCUCUCCCGCCCCCCCCCCACCCCCAACCCUUCUAUUAAGUUCAUAUUGUACAGAUCUCAAAGUCAGGAUGCUGUGUUUACGUACUUUACAAGGAAGUUUCUUUGAUGGAAAAUGGUAUUUUGUAAAAUAGAACUUUUCAAAUAAAAAAAAGUUGGGAAA